GCUCUCCGCCGGCUCCUCACUCUCCUCCGACCGUCGCUGCCGCACGAGCCGCUCCAGGAUCAUUCACCACGCUCACGGUUCCACACGCGCCGAGUAACCAUGGAGGCCAUCAAGAAGAAGAUGCAGAUGCUGAAGCUGGAUAAGGAGAACGCCAUUGACCGAGCUGAGCAGGCGGAGGGAGACAAGAAGGGAGCGGAGGACAAAUGCAAACAGCUGGAGGAAGAGUUGCUGGGUCUGCAGAAGAAGCUGAAGGGCGUGGAGGAUGAGCUGGACAAAUACUCAGAGUCUCUGAAGGAUGCCCAGGAGAAGCUGGAGCAGGCGGAGAAGAAGGCAGCAGACGCUGAAGCAGAGGUGGCUUCUCUGAACAGACGUAUCCAGCUGGUGGAAGAGGAGUUGGACCGAGCUCAGGAGAGACUGGCCACUGCCCUACAGAAACUGGAAGAGGCUGAGAAGGCGGCGGAUGAGAGUGAGAGAGGAAUGAAGGUCAUUGAAAACAGGGCCACAAAAGAUGAGGAGAAAAUGGAAAUCCAGGAGAUGCAGCUGAAGGAGGCCAAACACAUCGCUGAGGAGGCCGACCGCAAAUAUGAGGAGGUUGCACGCAAACUUGUGAUCCUGGAGGGUGAUUUGGAGCGUUCGGAGGAGCGCGCUGAGGUGGCAGAGGCGCGAGCGAUGGAGCUGAUGGAGGAGCUCAAGCUCAUGGAUUCAAAUUUGAAGUCCAUGAUGUGUGGAGAAGAAGAGUACUCGCAAAAGGAGGACAAGUAUGAGGAAGAAAUCAAAGUUCUUACAGACAAACUGAAAGAGGCUGAGACCCGUGCAGAGUUUGCUGAGCGGUCGGUGGCCAAGCUGGAGAAGACCAUCGAUGAUCUGGAAGAUGAGGUGUAUGCCCAGAAGCUGAAGGGCAAGGCUCUGAGCGAGGAGCUGGAUCUGGCUCUUAACGACAUGACCACACUGUAGAUGCUCACUUCUUCUUCCUGCACUUCCUUCCUGUCUGAACUCCACUCUGCCUCCUCCUGCUGCUGCUGCUGCUGCUACUACCCCACAGCAGUCCUCUCACCCGGAAGAUUCUUAAAACAGCCUUCCCUCUGUCUGUGUCUGAGUCUCAUCUGAGGCCUUUUUUACAGGUUCCCAACAAAAGCUCCUCUCUUUAUUUAAAGGUCUGUGCACCUCUGUUCCCCACUGUUGUAAUAAAUGUAUUAAAGCGCUCUUGACUUUUCUGUCUGCCUCUGGAUUUCUGCUCGCAGUGGCUUUCACAUCCGUCCUGCACUCUUCCAGUCUGUCACACUUCUGCACUCUCACUUCCCUCAGCAGCCCGGACCAGAUAUUACAUUUCAAUGUCAAUCAUGCAGUUUAGAAGAAAUGAUCACAAUAGGGGGGUUUCACACCCAGAAUUAGCUGUCGCUGUCGGUCGCAUUUGUCUGAACCACAAGUCUGAUAGAAAUAGUGAGUACUCAGCACUGAGUGUCACCAUACAUGUAUAAUUACUAUUUUGGCUGCAGGCUGUCGACUAUAGCCUUGUUUGAAAUUAAAACUGAAUCACUAAAAAAAAAACAAGCUUGGGGUCUUUCUUUUAGAUCCUUAAAAUUUCAGUGGUUUAACAAAAAUGUAUUCCCCGCUGUUUAAAAAUAGCUCACUUUACUUUUACAAUGUAUUUUGCAUUAUUUUCAGACAUCAAAACAUGCUGGUAUUUUAAAAAAGAAACCGUUUUUUUUAUUUCAACCAGAUUAAAAUAACACUGAAGCCACGUUGUUAAUUUCACUACAGUAAAAAUUAUAAACAACCUGCUGUUGUACAAUGUUUAAUACAGUGUUUUUUAGUUUGCAAAAAUGCAGCAUGUGCUUCAAAUUGCUCAGCUGUGAUUACAAAGGCUCAAAGUGGUUUCAAGAUUGUAUCAUGCCAGCAAGGGCCUGCGGUUCUCCAGAAUUUAUUCAAGUGUGUAACUGUGAACACCCAGUGAUGGUACAAGGAGA